AAACUUGUCUUUUGAAUGGUUAAUCCUAUUAAAAUUAUUAAGAAAGGGAAGAUAAAAGAUUGGAACUCAUUGGAGGGAGUGAACUUUGCAGUUGGAGGUGUCACUGCUUUGGACAUUAGCUUCUUGGUGGAGAAGGGUCUCUAUGACGUUCUUGUUCCCACCAACUAUUCUCUGGGGGUCCAGUUUGAUUGGUUCAUGGACUUGCUUCCUUCUAUCUGUAACUCUUCUUCAGGGUGUAAACAAGUUUUUGGGAGCUCUUUGUUUCUUGUGGGUGAGAUUGGUGGCAAUGAUUUCAACUAUCUUUUCUAUCUAGGCAGGCCUAUAGAAGAAGCCACGACAUAUGUACCACUUGUGAUUAAUAAAAUCUCUUGGGCCAUCAAUAAAUUGAUUGAUUUGGGGGCUCAAACUCUCGUGGUUCCCGGAAACUUCGCUCUCGGAUGCAGCUUUGUCUAUUUGAGAAGUCACCCCAGUACUGAUGUGGAGGAUUAUGAUGAAGCUGGAUGUUUAAAGUCCUAUAACAAUUUUGCUGACUACUAUAACAACCAACUUCUUGCUGAAUUAAAUCGGCUUCGACAGCUUCACCCCGGUGUUAAUAUCAUCUAUGCAGAUUAUUACCAUGCUUCCCUGCAAUUAUAUCGAUCUCCAACACAAUUUGGAUUCACAAAAUCGAUUCUAGAUUCUUGCUGUCCACUAGCGAAUGCAAACUAUCACAAUCCACCGGCGAAGCACUGUGGUGAACCGGGGUUGAUUAGUUGUAAUGAUCCAUCCCAGUUCAUAACUUGGGAUGGUGUACACUUAACUGAAGCAGCAUAUAAUGGACAAAAAUUGUUUGUUCAAGGAGCUCGUAUUUCUUUUAGUAUAUGGGAUGUUUCAGUGUUUUUGGAUGGUAUAGUGAAGCAAGAAACUGGAAUCAGGGAUUUGAUACAAAAAGCAAUUGAGGAGGGAAGGUUGAAGUUUGAAGAUAAAACUACUAUGAAGGUGGACACUAAACCAUUUGCUGCUGACUCAAAUUAUGUUGAGCCAUUCAACUUGUCAGUCAACAUGGUAGAAGUUGAUGCCACAAUGGUUAGUGCUAAAGAUGAAAAUAAAGACCUGAGGAUCUUUGAGCAAGACAAGAAGCCAAUUUAACCUUGUCCUGGUGAG